CAUACCCGCGUUGUGGGCGGGAUCAGACAGUACCUAGCGGGCGCAGCCAAUCCUGGCCCGAGGAUUGUGUUGGGGGCUUGGUGGGAGGGUGUCCGAAUCCCCUUUCUGGCCAUCCUGGGGGAUGACCCCAGUGCCAGGCCCAGCGUCGGCCGCCUGAUGCCAGACGAGCUGAGCUGGGGAUGCUGGAACGAAGGGGGUUGCUAUGGCAACGGGAGGCAGGGCCUGGGGUGGGGGACCGGGCCCGGGCUGGGGCCGCGGCGGCCGGUGGUGUCUGUGGCGGGACGAUGGCGGAGCGCGGCCCGGCCUUCUGCGGCCUCUACGACACAUCCUCGCUGCUGCAGUACUGCAACGAUGAUAAUUUGUCAGCCACUAGUGGCAUGGAGGUGGAUGACCGCGUGUCGGCGCUGGAGCAGAGGCUGCAGUUGCAGGAAGACGAACUGGCGGUCCUAAAGGCGGCGCUGGCAGAUGCACUGCGACGCCUGCGGGCCUGUGAAGAACAGGGAACAGUUCUGCGAGCGCGAAACACCCCCAAGGGCCGGGCUCCUCCACGCUUAGGCACCACCGCCUCGGUGUGUCAACUCUUGAAAGGCCUUCCCACAAGGACGCCCCUCAAUGGCUCGGGGCCCCCGCGGCGUGUGGGCGGCUAUGCCACUUCUCCAUCCUCCCCCAAGAAGGAGGCGACCUCCGGGCGCAGUGGCCGCCGUUACCUGUCACCAGAACGCCUUGCCUCCGUGCGCCGUGAGGACCCCCGCAGCCGCACUACAUCCUCCAGCAGCAACUGCAGCGCCAAAAAGGAAGGCAAAACCAAAGAAGUUAUCUUCAGCCUAGAGGAAGGCUCCGUGAAAAUGUUCCUGAGGGGCCGCCCAGUACCUAUGCUGAUCCCAGAUGAGCUGGCACCCACCUACAGCUUGGAAACACGCUCAGAGCUGCCUUCCUGCCGGCUCAAGCUGGACUGGGUCUAUGGCUACCGUGGCCGAGACUGUCGGGCCAAUCUUUAUCUGCUACCCACAGGGGAAAUAGUGUAUUUUGUGGCCUCCGUGGUUGUGCUGUACAGCGUGGAAGAGCAGAGGCAACGGCACUACGUAGGACACAAUGAUGACAUCAAAUGCCUGGCUGUUCACCCUGAUAUGGUCACCAUUGCGACAGGACAGGUGGCAGGAACCACUAAGGAGGGGAAGCCGCUGCCACCCCAUGUACGCAUCUGGGACUCAGUUUCCCUCUCCACCUUACACGUGCUGGGUCUGGGGGUGUUUGAUAGAGCCGUGUGCUGUGUGGGCUUCUCCAAAUCUAAUGGGGGCAACCUGUUGUGUGUAGUGGACGAAUCCAGUGAUCAUAUGCUUUCCGUGUGGGACUGGGCUAAGGAGUCCAAGAUGGUGGAUGUCAAGUGUUCCAGUGAAGCCGUGCUGGUGGCCACCUUCCACCCCACAGACCCCACCCUGCUUAUCACCUGUGGGAAAUCCCACAUCUACUUCUGGACCCUGGAAGGAGGCAGUUUGAGCAAGCGGCAGGGCCUCUUUGAGAAACACGAGAAACCGAAGUAUGUGCUAUGUGUGACCUUUUUGGAGGGUGGUGACGUAGUCACCGGGGACUCUGGGGGGAACCUCUACGUCUGGGGCAAAGGUGGGAAUCGCAUCACACAGGCAGUGCUGGGUGCCCACGAUGGCGGUGUGUUUGGACUCUGCGCCCUGCGGGACGGGACGCUGGUGUCCGGAGGGGGCCGUGAUCGGCGGGUGGUCCUCUGGGGUUCUGACUACAGCAAGCUGCAGGAGGUGGAGGUCCCCGAGGACUUUGGCCCUGUGCGCACAGUGGCAGAGGGCCGGGGGGACACGCUGUAUGUGGGGACUACCCGCAACUCCAUCCUGCAGGGCUCCAUCCACACGGGCUUUUCGCUGCUUGUCCAGGGCCACAUGGAAGAGCUGUGGGGCCUGGCCACACACCCCAGCCGGGCCCAAUUUGUGACCUCUGGGCAGGAUAAGCUGGUACAUCUAUGGAGUUCAGAGUCCCAUCAGCCCCUGUGGAGCAGGAGCAUUGAGGACCCUGCUCGUUCUGCUGGCUUCCACCCCAAUGGCUCUGUCCUGGCAGUGGGCACAGUGACCGGCAGAUGGCUGCUGUUGGACACAGAGACCCAUGACCUGGUGGCUAUUCACACAGAUGGCAAUGAACAGAUCUCAGUGGUCAGCUUCUCCCCAGACGGGGCGUACCUGGCUGUGGGCUCCCACGACAACUUGGUGUACGUGUACACGGUGGACCAGGGCGGCCGCAAGGUCAGCCGCCUGGGCAAAUGCUCGGGCCAUUCCAGUUUUAUCACUCACCUGGAUUGGGCCCAGGACAGCAGCUGCUUUGUGACCAACUCCGGGGACUAUGAGAUUCUGUACUGGGAUCCAGCUACCUGUAAGCAGAUCACCAGUGCAGAUGCUGUGAGGAACAUAGAAUGGGCCACAGCUACUUGUGUCCUUGGGUUCGGGGUAUUUGGGAUCUGGUCCGAGGGUUCGGAUGGUACUGAUAUCAACGCUGUGGCCCGAUCCCAUGAUGGGAAGUUGCUGGCUUCAGCUGAUGAUUUUGGCAAAGUCCACCUGUUUAGCUACCCCUGCAGUCAGCCUCGAGCCCUCAGCCACAAAUACGGCGGACAUAGCAGCCAUGUGACGAAUGUGGCCUUCUUGUGGGAUGACAGCAUGGCCCUGACCACAGGGGGCAAGGACACCAGUGUACUGCAGUGGCGGGUGGUCUGAAGUGGCUGGGGUAUAGUCAGGUGUCAGGGCUGGAAUUCUAUUUUCGGGAGAUGUUUAUUGCCGCGUAGCUUAAUAUAUACCCAGAGUAUGUCUAUACCAGAGGGGGUUAUGGGGGUGGGAGGGUAGAGUGACAGAGAGAAGUCUCUAUUUAUCAGGGUGGGAAUAGGGGUCACAUUGCUUUGGGGAGCCAUCAGUGUUUGGUUGAAGGGUUUUUUUUUUUAAGUUUUUCUUUUUAUAUCAUCUAAAAAUAAAGACACGUGCACU